AUGUCCUCAAGCACCGGAGCUUCCUACCCCUCCGCCGAGAACGCGACGUCCAUGGCGCACGUCCGCACCGCCAUCGACGACCUGGACCGCCAGAUCGUCACGCUUCUAGGCCAGCGUAUGCGGUACAUUGAGGCGGCUGCGCGCAUCAAGCCGUCGCGCGAUGUGGUUCGCGAUCAGUGGCGCGUCGACGACGUCAUCUCCAAGGUCAAGGCCACGGCCAACAAGGUGGACUUCCCCGAGGAAUUGGCGGGAGAGGUCUAUGCGACGUUGGUUGAAGGAAGCAUUCAACACGAGUUCAAGCGCUGGGAUGCGACCAGGGAGAACGGAAAGGCGGCGGAAAAACUAGAGUAG